CCAGUUUCCACUCUGAUCACUUCACUGACAGCCGGACGAAUCGGGACUCGAAGGAUGUCUGUUUGGGACAGAACCAUUCUCUGGGGCUUCAUGGUCCUGCUGGCAGGUGCUGCCAGUGCAGGUGUGAACUAUUCUGAUCAUAUCUGUGCUGUGAAAGGAUCGACUGUCACCCUCCUCUGCACCUUCACUCCACUUCAGUCUGUCCGCCAGAAUCGAAGACAAGUUUUGGUCGAGAUCGUCAGAGUCCGCUGGUGCCAGAACCAUUUGAUUUGUCAUGGCACCACCCCGUCGGUGUACGACAGCGAUUCAGAGAACAACGCCCCUCGUUACAAAUACCUGGGAGACAAGAAGGGAAACUGCACGUUACAGAUCGCUGACGUACAGAAGGAAGAUGAAGCCACUUUUCGCUUCAGAAUGGAAGCUAAUAAUAACGCAGCACACUAUACUGGAACAUCAGGAGUCAACGUCACAGUCUCUGAUGACAGGCCAAUGAUGGUUAACAGUUCCAGUAGUGGCAGAGAGGUGAGAGCAGGUGAGAACGUCACGCUGUACUGCACUGCACCCUGCACGUUCCACCAGCUGGAGGUCACCUGGUUCAAAGACGACCACGCCCUCUCAGAGCCUGGCCCCGCCCUCCAGCUCGGCCCUGUGACUGCAGAGGAUUCUGGGAACUACACCUGUGGUCUGAGGAACAAUGCCGGCACACGCUCCCUGCCAUACAGUCUGCACGUGGAGGCUGAACAGGAACAGGAAGGUGGUAGUAACCUGUCUCUGGUGGUUGGUGUGGUGUGUGGUGUCCUGCUGGCUCUGGUCACUCUCAUUAUGAUCCUCUGCAUCAUCAAAAGGAAGUGGUCCGCAGCAGCAGAUAAAGAUCGGAGGGCUGUGGGAGGGGAGGUAGAACAAAAGCGUCCUGAUAACAUCUACAGCGACGUCCUGCCGCCCACUGAGCCGGAGGGGGGGGGUGACCGACAGGAAACCGGCCGAGCUGUGGAGGAAGUCAGCUACGUCUCCGUCCAGUUCAAACACAAGAACCAGGACAGACCGGCGAUGGAGGCCGAGGACACCAUCAUCUACAGCGCAGUAGCCAGCAGAGGCUGAAGCCACGUCUGGAGGAAGUUUUUGGUUUUAACUGAGAUUCUUUGAUAAGGUUCAGCUUCACCGGCUGUGUGCUGCAGUUUAAUGUGAACUGUAGAGAACGUCUAACAAGCUGAGCUAAAGAUGAUGAAAUUUAUUACUUUAUGAAACAAAAUGCUGUUGUAGAUAUUUAAAUAUAUAUCAUUAAAUAAUAAUAAUAAUAAUAAUACAUUUUAUUUGUUAAAAGCGCCUUUCAGGGCACUCAAGGACACUUUACAUCACAAGAAAUAUCAAACAACAACAAUACGAUAACAUACAAUAAAAUAAAAUAAACAAGUGAUAAAACUUUAUUAGAAAUGACACAGAAACAGUUUCCUCUGGAGUCAGUGUGAAGCAUCUGUAAAUAAAAGUGAGUCAUGCUGUUUAAACCCUGAACCUCUGGUUCAAUGACACACACACACACACACACGCACACACACACACGCAUACUCUCACACACACACGUAUACUCACACACACAA